AUUCGACAUGGCGUCUGCAAGGCAAGUGCUUUGUCUCUGUGUUCUUCUCUGCGUGCCGCAUGCUCGCUCCGAGCCCAUUCGCUACUCCGUCGCCGAGGAGAGGGAGAGCGGCUCGCUGGUGGCUCACGUCGCGCAGGACGUGGGGCUGGACCUGGCGCAGCUCUGGGCUCGCGACGCCCGGCUUGUUUCGGACCACAGCCGGCAGUAUUUUCGGUUAGACCGCAGGACCGGCCGCCUGGCAGUUAGCGAGAGGAUAGACCGGGAGGAGAUCUGCGGCCAGGCCGUCACGUGCACGGUCCCCUUUGAGCUGCUGCUGGCCGACCCUCUGCAGUUCUUUCGGAUCGAAGUGGCCAUAGAGGAUAUCAAUGACCACUCGCCAGUGUUCCCGGAGGAAGAAGUGACUUUUAAGAUCCCGGAAACGAGCGAGCCGGGGUCCCGUUUCCCGCUGGAGGGGGCUCGGGACCUAGAUGUCGGCAGUAACAGCCUGCAGGCUUACAGCAUCGCUCCCGAGAACGAGUACUUCAGCGUCUCUUUCCGGAGUCGCGGUGAGGGCGACAAUUCCGUCGAAUUAGUCCUGGAAAAGUCACUGGACAGAGAGGAGCAACCGGAGGUUGCUUUCAGUGUCAUUGCCACGGACGGGGGCUCUCCGCCCCGGAGCGGGACGGCCCAGGUCCGCAUCGUUGUCCUGGACGUAAAUGACAACGCUCCGAUCUUCACGCAGGAACGGUACAGAGGACAGGUUUUGGAAAACGCCCCGGAGGACUCGGUGGUUCUCCGUGUGGUCGCAGCUGAUGCGGACGUGGGAGUUAACGGGGAGAUAUCCUACUCGUUCAGCCAAGCGGUGGGGCACAGCCACGUAGCGUUCAAGAUCGACCCCGUGAGUGGUGAAAUUCGUGUCAGCCAGCCCCUGGAUUUCGAAGCGGCGGAGAAACACGAGCUCAGCGUGCGCGCCACAGACGGCGGGGGUCUCUCCGCGCUCUGCAAGGUAGUGGUGGAGGUGCUGGAUGUGAACGACAACGCGCCGGAGCUGGCGGUGAGUUCCUUCAGCAGCCGCCUCGCCGAGAGCGCCUUGCCCGGGACGGUGGUCGGCCUCUUUGUCGUCAAGGACCGGGACGCCGGGGACAACGGGAAGGUCGUCUGUUCGCUGGAGGACCAGCCCGCGUUCUCCCUGAGGCCUGCCUAUAAGAAUUACUACGAGCUGGUGACAGCGAGCGCCCUGGACCGGGAGGAGACGGCGCGGUACAUCCUCGCGGUCACGGCGGCCGACGCGGGGUCCCCGCCUCUCACGACCACGCAGACCUUCACGGUGGACGUCUCCGACGUCAAUGACAACGCGCCCGUGUUCAACCAGACGUCGUACACCAUGCACGUGCGUGAGAACAACGACCCGGCCGUGCUCGUCGGCGCCGUCCGCGCCGCGGACGACGACGACGUGGGGCCCAACUCCAAGGUGACCUAUUCCCUGGCGCCGGCCCGCCCCGCGGAGCGCGCCGCGCGCUCCUACGUCUCCGUGAACUCCGAGAACGGGAACGUGUUUGUGCUGCGGCCGCUGGACUACGAGCAGGUGAGGCAGCUGGAGGUCGUGGUGAGCGCCGCCGACUCGGGCUCGCCGCCCCUCAGCGCCAACGUCACCGUCCGCAUCCUCGUGGUGGACGAAAACGACAACGCGCCCGUGGUCCUGCACCCCGCGCAGGACAGCUCGCCGCCGUCCAGCGAGCUGGUGCCCACGUCGGCCGAGGCGGGCUACCUCGUCGCCAAAGUGGUGGCCGUCGACGCCGACUCGGGGCAGAAUUCGUGGCUUUCCUACCACCUGCUCAAGGCAACGGACCCCGGGCUGUUCGCCGUGGGGGCCCAAACCGGCGAGGUGCGGCUGAGGCGGCCGGUGACCGAGAGAGACGCCGUGAGGCAGAAGCUGGUGGUCCUGGUGCGGGACAACGGGCGGCCGCCGCUGUCCGCCACCGCGGUGCUGGCCGCGCUCCUGCUCGACGGCUUCUCGGACGCGCACAUGCCGCGCAACGGCCUGGCCCCGGAGGACGAGGGCGGCUCGCUGACGCUUUAUUUAAUCGUUUCCCUGGCCUUCGUCUCGCUCCUCUUCCUCGCUUCGGCCGCAGCCUUCGUCGCCUGCAAGGUGUGCAAGAGAAAGUCCCUGAAGGAGGGCACCGUGCUCUACGGCCCCGGCGACUUCCAGACCGGCCUGGCCGACGCAGCCGGGACGGGGACUCUGCCCCACGCCUACUGCUACGAGGUCAGCCUCACCACGGGCUCGGGCAACAGCGAGUUCAGGUUCCUCAAGCCGGUCCUCGCCAGCCUGCCGCCGCAGCGCUGCGGCACGGACGGGGGUGCCGCCGGGGAGGAGGAUUUCCCCGGCGGCCUGCCCCGCGCCGAGGAACCGCGACCGCAGAGCCACGGGACGCUGCCUGCGGGACCGUUCAGCAGGCUUGCCUUUGACUAGCGCUACGGGAGCAUCCCCAGUGCUUCGGCGCUUCCCUCCUGAAACGGCGUGGAAUACCCUCACUUGGCUGACCCUGGGUGGGGAGGGAUCCGGGCUGAGAGACGCGGCAAUGAUUCUCCCAGAGGAAACUUGCAGUCCCCUUUAGCGUCACCAGUUUCCCUCGUAUCCCGACCCAGUACAACGGUUUGCCGCCGCCGCAGCCGCCACCACCACCACCAGCACCACAAAAAGAAAAAAAGAAAGAAAGAGAAAAGGCAUGGAAAUAAAGCUGCAGUUCUAACAGCAGCUCAGUGCCAUAGCACGGUCUCGAGGUUGAAAAGACAAAUCACGUGUUUGUGUUUGCUGAACGCUGCGCUGUAACCCCCCUCCAGGCUACUAGAGAGCCUGAAGUUCUGGUGCUCUGGUGAAAUGUGGUGCAAGCUCUGCUCUCUUCCUCCGCUCUCUUCCUGCCCCGGGCCCUGGAUCUCUCUUUCUGGGGAGUGCUGGCGUUGUGUGUCUGCUCUUCUGGACAAUGUCUCUGAUGCUGUAUAUGCGUACCCCCGCGGUGUAUUUCUUCAAUGGUUUACAUGCAUACUCCCGUUGUGUAUCAGCACGUCAAACGGUGCUGUGGGAUCGAAGUGCUUCCACCCAUCCGUGUUGAUUCGCGCUCUUGCAACUCAGCAGUGGGAAAAGGGGGUUUUCUCCGAGUCCCGAGUUUGUCAGCUGCCCUAAGGGAGAGUAGUAAAAUGCAUAGUUAGGUCUCCCUCGUAGCCGAAAAUGGUGGUUGCGGGCGGGGAGGGAGGGAGGGAAUGUCCUUGAAAUCGUCUCGGAUAUAUAGCAGGGUUAGUAAUGCCGGGAUAGACUGUAACUAUACCAAAUUGUGCAAAGGCAAAGCGUUAACCGUUUGCGGUCUCCCUUUCCCCCCGAUUUUCCUUUUUGUAUGCUAGCUGUCUCUUACCAGUGUUUGAGACCCAUGCUGCCGAGCACUAACUCUUCUGAAAUCCUCGCAUUGUACGGAAUUGCAGUUAUAAAGUGGAAAACCGUAAGCCUUCUUUGGUAGAACAAGGCAAUAAAAAGAAUACAAGCACUCGAA